AUGUACGGCGAGCUUGGAAACAAGCUGGUCCAACACGCCAAACGCACCCAAUCCCUCGCCCACCUUCCACCCUACCAGACUGAAAUCGUCCGCGCUUUGACGCGCGAAGUCCGCGACCUCGACAAAGAUGUCGCCGCGCUGCUCGAGCCCUUCCAAGGCUCCUUCAAUCCCUCGGCGGACCCCUCGACCGCCUGCGCUCUGCUGGUCAACCACCUCUGCAUGCGCCGCAACAAGCGCUGCCUGCUCGCCUACCACCGUGUCCGCGCCGACAAGCUGGAGGAAAUGUGCUGGGCAGGCGUGGAUGUGCUUGAGCGGCAGCAGCAGCAACAGCAGCAGGAGCAAAGUGUGGCAGGCAGGCCGAGAGUAGAGGGCGCGUUGGGCGGGGAUGUGGGCAACGAGAGUAGCUUGAGUCCUGAAGAGGAGGAAUAUGUGAGGCAGUAUGGCGACCUGUUGGCUGCGUACAAGGGGCAGUGGACGGAUAUAGACCUUACGGGGAGCUUGGAGCCGCCGCGAGACUUGUUCAUUGAUGUUAGGGUGCUGAGAGAUGCUGGGGAAAUCCAGACAGAAUAUGGGGCUAUCAACUUGACGAAAAACAGUCAAUUCUACGUCCGGCAGGGAGACGUCGAAAGAUUGAUCGCACAGGGCUAUCUGCAACGCCUCGGCUGA